UCCUACCUGAAUUCCCAACUCUACCCAAUUCACACAACUCUGUCUCUGUCCUCGAACCCUCUCAACUCGGAGGUUUCAUCGUCCCUGUCGGGAAUAACUCGGGAAUUGUGUUGUCUGUCUCCGAGACGUACGGAGUAAUUGUAACCCUAACCACCCCAGACCACAGACAGACUACUUCGCCCCCCCACCCACCAUGAAUCAACAAAGGAACAACCCAAACUUCCAUCUCAACCCAACUCAGCCCAAACUCACCCUUCCUAAUCAGCUUUCAGCACAAACAUGACACUCCAUCGCUACGCUCCCCUCCACACCAACCCCCAGGGCCUCAACGACGCCCGCCCCACCGCCACCCAGAUCCUCGCCGAUCAAAACCUCCUCGACACGGACGCCUGGAGAGGCAAAACCAUCCUCAUCACCGGCGGCACCGCAGGACUCGGCGCCGAGUCCGCGCGCGUGCUGCACCGCACGGGGGCCAAGAUCUUCAUCACGGGGCGGGACGUGGCGAAGGGCGAGCGGCUCGCGCGGGAGAUCUCCGCUGCGAGCCCUGAUCCCUCAGCCCCGGCCAUCGAGGUCAUCCACAUGGACUACUACAGCCUGCAGAGCGUGCGCGAUGGGGCGGACGAGUUUCUCCGCCGCAGCGGGGGGAAGCUGCAUGUCCUGCUGGCGAACGCGGGGGUGGUGGCGUCGCCGCGGCGCACCACGGAUGACGGGUUCGAGGGGGUCUUUGGCGUGAACUACCUCGCGGGGUUCCUGCUGGUGCAGCUGCUGACUCCGGCGCUGGUGGCGUCAGCUACAUCUGAUUUCUGCUCCCGACUCGUGGUGGUGGCAAGCGCGGGCCAUCGAGCCAAGAAUAUCGAUCCGGAGGAUUACAACGGACUGGUCGGCGAGUAUAAUGCCUCCAAGGCGUAUGCACAGAGCAAGACGGCGACGAUCCUCAUGGCCAAUGAGUUCGAGCGCCGGUAUGCGGGGCGUGGUGUACAUGCGCUGAGUCUGAAUCCGGGAAUUAUCAUGGAUACCGAGAUCUCGCGUGGCUUGCCGGGGUCGUCGUCUGGAAGGCGGGAGCAGUACUACACGAUGGAGCCGUUGUUGGCGAAGAUGGAGAAGAGCGUCGAGCAGGGGGCGGCGACACAGGUCUGGGCGGCGGUGGCUAGCGAGUUGGAGGGCAAGGGGGGGUUGUAUCUGGAUGAUGUGCAGGUUGCCGACGAGGCCGAUGAGGCGUCGCGCGGGCAGUUUGCAUUGCCGGGAUGGGCGAGUUGGAUUUGGGAUGAGGCGAUGGCGGCGAGGCUGUGGGAGGAUAGUUUGAGGAUGGUGGGGUUGGAUGAGCAAGUGGAUGUGUCUUAGGGUUGCCAUGCUGUAUCAGUGGUGAGCCUUGUUAAGUACUGAUCGGACUUGUUUGUACUCUGCGAGGGAUUGACCAUUGGAUUUAUUGUAUGAUCUUGUUGAAGGUUAUGGAUAUACUUGUCGGGAUUGAGAUCUAUAAGUUGC